AAACUCGACAGGGACUGUAAUUUAGUACGUUCUGGAGUGUUAAAAGAUAGAAAAUGCCGAUCCUGGCAAUACUAAGAGUUUUCUCCUCAACAUCAAGGCAUCGAGUAUUUUCAUCCUUUCAAAAACCUAUGGACAAUUUAGCCCCACCUAAACCAGGAGCGAGACCUGCCAGUUCCUUUGUAUGUGAUAAAGCCUUCAUCAAUGGAGAAUGGGCAGCAGCCAGUAGUGGCAAAACAUUUGAAGUUGUGAACCCUGCUAAUGGUAAAGUUAUCGGCUCCGUGCCAGAUAUGGAUGCCACAGACACCGACAGAGCCAUCAAAGUGGCUUACAAAGCAUUCCAGAGCUGGAAGGAAACUACCGCAAAAGAGAGGAGCAUUUUGCUGAGAAAAUGGGCAAAUUUGGUCAGUGAGAACAUUGAUGAAUUAGCUAAGCUUCUCACCUCAGAGAUGGGAAAACCUCUUGCUGAGGCCAAAGGGGAGAUAACUUAUGGAGGUGGAUUUUUGGAAUUAUUUGCCGAAGAGUGUAAGCGUGUGGAAGGGAAUAUAAUUCAGACUCACAUCAAAUCACGGCGACUUCUUGUCCUGAAGCAGCCAAUCGGAGUUUCUGGAAUGAUUACACCAUGGAAUUUCCCCAAUGCCAUGAUCACUAGAAAGGCAGGUGCAGCCAUAGCAGCAGGUUGUACCGUGGUACUGAAACCAGCAGAGGACACACCAUACUCAGCACUGGCCCUCUGUGAUUUGGCCAAGGAGGCUGGAAUUCCAGCAGGUGUGCUCAAUGUUGUUACCAGUUCCCGUAACAAUGCUGCCCAGGUUGGAAAAACCAUAUGUGAGAGCCCUCUAGUGACCAAAAUGUCAUUUACUGGAUCAACUUUUGUGGGCAAGCUACUACUCCAGCAGUGUGCCUCCACAGUAAAGAAGGUCUCCCUGGAGUUGGGGGGUAAUGCACCAUUUAUCGUGUUUGAGAGUGCAGAUGUGGACGCAGCAGUUCAAGGAGCCAUAGGAGCAAAAUUCAGGUGUUCUGGACAGACUUGUGUCUGUGCCAACAGAAUUUUCGUCCAUGAGAGUAUUUAUGAUGAAUUUGUUAAGAAGAUGGCAGCCGUAGUAGAGAAGGACUUAAAGGUGGGAGAUGGGAUCGAUCCUGCUACAACCCAGGGUCCUCUUAUCAACAAGAAGGCUGUCGAAAAGAUCGAGGCUCAUGUUCAGGAUGCUGUCAGUAAAGGGGCAAAGGUCGUAUGUGGCGGGAAAAGCAAGGGAGGUAACUUUUUCGAGCCAACCAUUCUAACAGGAGUCACCAAUGAUAUGAGAUGUGCUAAAGAGGAAAUAUUUGGACCGAUCGCUGGCAUCAUCAGGUUUAAAACUGAAGAGGAAGUAGUUGGUCUAGCAAAUGCUACAACAUCUGGGCUAGCAGGUUACUUCUACUCCCGAGACCUUAGCCAGAUAUGGAGAGUUGCCGAGCGUCUGGAGUCGGGCAUUGUGGGGGUCAAUGAGGGGGUCCUUUCUGUCCCUGACGCACCGUUUGGGGGGUGGAAGGAGUCGGGCCUAGGAAGAGAGGGGGGACGUUAUGGUAUUGAGGAGUAUCUGGAGAUAAAAUACGUUUGUAUGGGGGGUCUACAGUAAAUAUCUAGCAGGAAAAGUUUAUAUUAGUCUGGGCUGUAAAAAAUGUACAUUUGAGAGGAGGAGUUAUUUUUAGGGAUAUGUUUUGCAACAGAAAUGUGAUUGUUAUUAAAUGAUCUGUCAUCAUAUUUAAUGAUUUUAUUUUCAUUUCUUCCAAUGGAAUGAAAUAUAUUUGUUAUUUGACUGUGUCAAAAGCUUUUUUCUUUCCCAUCUUUUAAAAAAAAUAAUUAUAUAAAAAAUGAAUGGAGAUAAUGAUUUCCUGUUUUGGAAAAAGAGGGGUCUAGUGGUACUGCUGCAGUCCAUAAAAGUGAUUUAUUUAGUCAUAGAAAAUACUUUGUUGUUACUUUAUUAUAUUGUUCUUUGAGAUGCAUUAUAUCUGCUUUUUAUUAUCAAUUCAAGAAUUAUCCGAAAAUAUACAAAUACAACGUUUAAACAUUAUUAUUAACCAAUUUUUUUCAGGAACCCCAAAGAGUAUAUUAAUUUCACUUGAAUAUUUACUGAUUUUAACAAAAUGAGUAUGAUUGUUAAAUAAAUCUUUGAUCAAUAUGAUCAGGGACCUAUAUAAUGUUUAAUGUUACAUGUAUGUAGCUGGAUUGUUAUUAUCUUUUUUAUCAUGUUACAUGUGUUAAACAUAAAAAGAAAUUUUAUGCCAUACAAUUAUGGAUUUAAGGAAUAAAAUUACAAAACAGU